GCAGCCUUUCUGCCUCAGUGGAAAGAAAUCCUGAGCUUCCGAUUUGUCUGAGGAGAGUCCAAAGACCAUCAUCCAGGUAGCCACCGAGUCUUUCGGCACCCACAGCGCGCGCAUACAACGUGUAGAUGUACACUACUGCACCUUUGUUCACCUGAAGGGGCCGAAGGGGUGGUCGGUACACAUAAAUACUCGGGCUGUUUUUCGAAGUUUCCCCGAUAUCCCCCACAAUCAAUCCCGCCACUCCUUCCUGCUACUUGUCAUUCCUUCGUGGACAACUAUAAUCAUCUGCGAGGGCUUUACCUCCAUCGGCUGCAUUGAAUCGUCUCCCUCCUGUGCCCACAAUGUCUCCUAGCACAACAUCGGAUUCCGACGUUGAAUGUCCUUCUAGCCCUUCAAAAGGGGGUGCUUCCCAAGAGAAGUAUGGGCCUGAGCUCCUUCACGCUGUCGGUACAGUGAUGUCCAAACCUGGCUGUCCGAUUCCAGAAGGCAAAAUGCCCAUUCCGUCAUCGGAUUUGCGUGCUUGGUGCUUUCCAUGCCGCGAUGCGAGUGUAUACUAUGGCAACCUGGACCGUGUUAUAAUGACAAAAACUGGCCAGAAACCUGCUCGCCCACCGAAUUGCUUUAUCCUCUUUCGUAACUAUGCGGCAGCGGGAGUCGUGGACGGGAUAGACGGGGUUGGAAUCAGCGGUUUUUCGGGGGUGUGCUGGUCACGCGUGGCCGACGAUGUUAAAGCUCUAUGGAAGAAUGCUGCGGAUCAAGUCAUGGACGAGCAUGCGAGACUCCACCCCGGUUAUAAAUACAGGCCAGAGUCACCACAGAAGACCAAAACGUCGCCAUCCGACAGUUCUCGCAAGCGUGGAAUAGCAAAUUUGCAGAACGCCAUCCAGCGCGAGAAGUUGGAUUCGCCGGUGCUGAAACGCAAGCAUCGUAAGGGGAAAGCGUCUCGCAAUGCUUUCCGUUGUCAUACCCCGUCCUUGUCAACUACCCCUUCUUCAUGCAUGUCAUCUCCCACCCCCUCGACACCGUCUCUCUCGAACGCAUUAAGUUCGCUUAGCAUUGCAUCCAGCCCUCCCACAUUUGCGUCUCCACUUAAUCACCCUGUGAACAUGACUGAAGCCUGGACCGAACAGAGUUCAUCUUGGAACGUCUCCUCUAACAACGCACUGGGUCUCUUCGGUUUCAGUGAGAGCUCUACCGAUACUUUCGGACACAUUGAACCCGCUCCGCUCCCUAACAUGGGCCUCGGUUGUUUCGACGAUAUGAACUCCAUGCUGUCGUAUGCAGAAUCCUUGGACACUUUCACCUCCAAUCUCGGCGAGCCUAACCAGUUCUUCAAUCUCUCCGAGUACAUCGACUUCGAACAGCUUUCUUGAAUCUUGACAGUUCUUAACGUUUUAUUCUAUUUUAUUCACGCACUCGUUGACGCUCCUUACACGGCGAAACGCACGUCCGCAUCGCUCCUUACAUCGCUCGUUUCAUUCCCAACUGUCACACACUCCCGCACGCAAGAAACCUCUUCGUUGUUCUCAUUUACUUCGGCACUUCUUACAUUGGUUUUGGCGCAUGAAUCUUUCAUCCAACUAUUUUGCAGUUAUCCAUAGGUUAUUACUUGGGCUGUUUAGGUUACUAUUGCUAUGCUAUAGUACAUACCCUGGUCGGUUCACAGUCCAGUCAC